AUGCCUGAAAACUUCCAAGACCGAAAUAUGGGACGGUUCGAAAUGGACCCGAUGCGCAAGCCAUCAGAUGCGUCGUCUUUCCAUGCCUAUAACCAGCAAUAUGGGACAACUCGCCAAGGAGCUGUGAGCUGCGGCGUAAAUGGAAGCCCAUAUCCCCAGAGCUCGCCAAACCGCCAAGUCUAUCUUGCGGCUCGCUCUGUCGGCAUCCUAUGCUCCAUUGUUCUAACCGUUUUGGCAUCCAUCACCCUCUCUGUGAUUCCUCGUGGAAAAUGGGGUGCGGCUGUUCUGAGCCCAUGCAUUUCCACCCUAUUCGCAAGUUCCUUUGAGGUUUGGUGUAUCCUUGGUGCUAAUCGACGAUCACAUCAUUGGAGAAGAGUGCUCUACGAUGGCGCUUUGGGAAUCGGUUACGUUAUCGCAUUCGGGUUUCUUGUCUCUUUCACGAGUCCCGAUAUCUCCAGAUCCGAUCCGAAAGCUACAGCAAGCUCAGCUGCAGUUGGAAUUGCAAUAUUAAUUCUCAUGAUGAUUGAGCUAUUACUUCAGAUUGCGUAUACGUGGUCUGGUAUAAGAGAGCUGCUUCGCAUUCGACAUGUCCAGACCUCCGGAUACGAAGGCUAG